AUGGUUGGUUUGCACCGUCAGAGUCGAUGUUGUCGUGCAUUCUACAUCCAAAAUGGUGACUUUAAACUGAAUUUAGGAGGCUGCUCAAUGAAGAGCAAGGAAGGUGGGACUAUCACCCAGUACUCGGGUGAACUUUUGACUUUGCCGCUGCUUGUUCCCUGGCAUUUUGUAAACAAUCCACUUGCCAUCGUGCAAUUGACGGUCGAAGGUGCAGGUGGCGGCUUGGCAUCCUCACUUCAAUUAUUCAUUCCUGAUUACUUCUCCGUUCGUAAUCCCCUCAACCAGCAUUUGUUUAUGGAUCGCGGUGACAUAGACAGGUCACUUGUCAAGUGUGACGCUCUGCCGAAUAAUUGA